AUGGUUACUUUUGCAGAUAUCAGCAAGUCCCGGAAGGCUACCCCAGAAGAUGCAUUUGAAGUGUUCGAUUCGCUUCCUCCUGCUUCAGUAGAAGACUUGGUUGGAUGGAAAUUGAAGGGUUACGAAGUUAUUACAGGUCACCCAUUAGAAGGUUUGUUGUCUGCCAAUGGUUGGUUUGGCAAAGAAUUCUAUGACGCUAACAAUGGACAACCUUUAUUGAUCUACAACAGUGACAAAGACGACGGAGAAGACGUUUAUGCCUGUGAUCCUCUUGCAUUAUUCGAAAGUCUUAAUCAAGGCAAACCUAUUAGAGGCAAUGCCUCAUUGAAGGCGGAAGCAUCAAGAUGCAGAUUGAAGACCAUUGUCUUCAGAGGUGCAACUACGGUUUCUAUGUUCUAUGACCAAGUUCCAAUCAACGACACUUUCAAGAAGGUGGAUGAAAAUACAUUCUUUGGCUACAUGGACCACAAGGACGCUCCCCUUCCUUAUUUCUUCGUUUUGGAAAAGCAUUCCAAGCUUUCUUGA